AUGCCGUCGUCAAGUCAGUUUCAACAUCCGGAUGCUCACCGAGGACACCACCCUCCCAUAUGGCGCACAUUGACGAGCGCAUCCCGUCAUUCGCUUUCGACUACCUCCGCUCUUGCGUUUCACGCACGCAACGUGCCUACGAUCGUCCUCGAGGGUUACCUCAGCCGCAUACACAAGUACUGCCCCGCGAGUAACGAGGUAUUCGUCUCGUUGCUUGUGUAUUUGGAUCGCAUGUCGAAGAUGGCGAGGGAGGCGUGUGGGAAGACUUUUCCGAUCGACAUGUAUAACAUCCACCGCCUAAUCAUAGCGGGGGUCACGGUCGCAAGCAAGUUCUUCAGCGAUGUGUUUUAUACCAAUUCUCGGUACGCCAAGGUUGGAGGCUUGCCGCUGGCCGAACUUAAUCAGUUAGAGCUGCACUUCCUUCUCCUGAACGACUUCCGAUUAACCAUAUCCUGCGAGGAGAUGGACUACUACACGAAGAUGGUCGAUCUCCAAUCCCAGAUACCGGACGAUGUAGACCUUUCUCCGUAUCUCCCGUCCUCAUCGAGGAGCACAGGGCCGCACUCAGCUAUAGGGCCAUCAGAGUACUUCGCCGCCGUCGACUCCUACUUUGGCCGGAUUUAUGCGCCACCAGUUUUCCGCUCCUCCUCCGUCGACGACUCCGAUGACGCUUCCUUAUAUUCCUCGUCCCAUUCGCGAAGGUCACAAUCUAUCGCGUCCAGGUCGGAUGUCGCGAGUGAAGCCGGGACGGAGACCGACUUCGACUGCUCCACCGACGACGAGCCGACGAUCCGGCCGCCGCAUUCUUCAGCGUCUUCGGAGACAAUGAGUCUUUGCAGCGCGGCUAGUGAGGACUCAAUGAUGACCGACGACGGGGACAUGAGUAGAGAAGAGUACGAGGACAGGCCCGCGGGAGGCACGCCCGGGCGGGAGUUCAUGAUCAUGAGGACUCCGAGUUGA